AUGGCGGCAACGGCGGUGCCGCUGAAGGGAUUGAAGAAGAGCAUAUGCUUUUGCGAGGAGAUGAAGGAGUUGGCGGAGAGAGUCGCGAUGGAGAGCGAUGCCAUUGAGCUCCGUAGUAUCUCGUGGAGGGCAUUUGAGGAUGGUUUCCCCAAUCUAUUCAUCUCUAAUGCUCAUGGUGUCCGUGGACAGCAUGUGGCAUUUUUGGCUUCAUUUAGUUCUCCAGGAGUAAUUUUUGAGCAGCUCUCCAUCAUUUACGUGUUGCCUAAGCUGCUUAUAUCUUCGUUUACUCUCGUACUUCCUUUCUUCCCAACGGGAACUUCUGAGCGUAUGGAGGAUGAAGGGGAUGUUGCAACAGCUUAUACUUUGUCGAGAAUAUUGUCUAAUAUUCCAAUCUCAAGAGGUGGACCGAAUAGUUUAGUGAUUUUUGAUAUUCAUGCCUUGCAGGAGAGAUUUUAUUUUGGAGAUAAUGUUUUACCUCUGUUUGAGAGUGGGAUACCUUUGUUGAAGAAUAGGCUUCAGCAGCUUCCAGAUUCCGAUAAUAUAUCUAUCGCUUUUCCAGAUGAUGGCUCUUGGAAAAGAUUUCAUAAGCAACUUCAGCAUUUCCCUGUGAUUAUAUGCAACAAAGUUCGUGAAGAUGAUCAGAGGAUUGUUCGUAUCAAGGAGGGAGAUCCCAGAGGCCGCCAUGUUGUCAUAGUUGAUGACUUGGUGCAAACUGGUGGUACUCUAAUUGAAUGCCAGAAAGCAUUGGCAGCUCAAGGGGCAACAAAAGUCAGUGCCUAUGUGACCCAUGGGAUCUUUCCCAAUAAAUCGUUUGAGCGGUUUCAAUGUGAUAAUGGAGUGGGUCCAGAGAAUGGGUUCAGCUACUUCUGGAUUACUGAUUCCUGCCCCCUUACUGUUAGACAAGUGAAAAACAGGCCUCCCUUUGAGAUCCUCAGCCUAGCCGCGGCCAUAGCUGAUGCCCUUCAAAUAUAGCUAUAUAUUACAAAAAAGUACCCAGCACAAUUAGGGCUUCUUCAGGGAGGUUCUCAACACUCUCCAGAUUCUUUAAGUUCAUUCUUUUAGUUGAACAUCUUGACAUCAGGAGUCAGGACUUGGCUUCUGUUGCAGCUAGCAUAUUUGUUCUGAUAUUUCUCUGUGAUUGAUAAUAGGGAAGAUGGAAUUAGCAUCUUGAGUAAGAGCCAGGUCCCUGUACCUGCUAUUUACUUGAAUAAGACACGGGCUUCUGUAGAUGUUUGUGUAAUACAAGGAUAAGAAUAUCUCUAUAAUUUGACCUUGAUUAUGAUAGUUUUGUUAGUAGUUAUUCUAUUUGUGGCUCCAAUGGCAAGCUAAACUGUCAAGAGUUGUAUUGUAAAAUAUUUGACAGGAAAUGGUAUUAAAAAUUGCUCA